ACUGAGUUCAACCUUAAGGUAUGUAUAUGCCAAUGGUAGUAGUGUAGUACUUUAGUAGGAAGAUGUCAUUUUUUUGCUUCUACUGCCCUCACACCAGAACUAGCCUUAUUUUACACAUUCUUUCUUAUUUUAUACCAUUUAUAUAAUAUAAUACAUAGGAGGUACUCCUUUUUCCCAUAAACACUCAGUACAAGACCUGUCUUAGUACUAUUGCAAUUUUUUUAUUAUGUAUUCUUUUUUCCCAUUCAUUGUCUUGCUAUGAGUCUCCCAUUCGAUAAAUACUGCUGUAAAUGACACCUCCGGUUUAGUUCCCCAAGUAGUGUCUUUUUUUCACAUGAAGCAAUAGCUUCCCACUUUCUUCGAAAAAUUCUGAGUACUGUGCUGCUACUAAGGAAACAAAUCAAUGGCAGAUGGCCAGAUGGAGAAAGUAGAAAGAGACGUACCUGAGGCUCCUCCUCUUCGUCAUGACUUCACGCUGCAGAACUCGAAAGACCAUGUGUCAGUCCAAGGAAAGGCUGGGGAUGGGGAUGGGCAGAAACGUGAUAUGAUGUGCUCAUCUGGUGGCUCUGAUCACAGGGGCAGUUCAGAGCUCAACCUUAUUCGCCAUUUGGAUAUGGAGGCAUCCCGAGUUCCAACCGAUCAAAACUUGAAAGUAGAUGCUGCUGCUGCUGCUGCGCCAAGGGUUUUCUCCUGCAACUACUGCCAGAGAAAAUUUUAUAGUUCACAAGCACUUGGAGGUCAUCAGAAUGCACACAAGAGAGAGAGGAUACUUAUGAAAAAGGAGCAGAGAUUAGGGCAGCACUUCAUGGCAGCAGCUGCAGCUUUUGGGCGCUCGAGUCUGGGCAUGGGCAUUCAUCACCGCCAUCAUUAUUCUAGCAUUGCUUCCCUUCCACUUCAUGGCACUCUGCACAAGCCACUUGGAAUUCAGCCACACUCCAUGAUGAUUAAGCCUUCUUACAUGCAUAGUUCUUCAGGGAUCAUUAAGAGGCCCUUUUUCAGCCAACAACCUGCAGUAGGUAAGCUCUUUGGAGAAAAUAAUUGUCAUAUUAGUUCAUCAGCUUCAGCAGGGCUGUUGAAAGAAAAAAUCAACAGACCAAGAAUAGUGGUUUCUUCUCCUCCAGGUGAAGCUGCCAUUGCUGAGGAUCUUUGGACAGGUAGCUCCAGUAAUCAUUUGGAGACUAAUAGAGAAAACCUUGACCUUUCUCUCAGACUCUGAACUUCUUUUCUUAAUUCUCCUCUCAUUCCUUGUCUUCUUGUUUUCCUCAGCCCAUGUUCAACAGUUAAUAUUUAUAAUAGUCCAUGUCAUUUUCACUUGUUCCUUGAAA